GGGCAGAGCGCCGCUGUGAUCCCUCCACCCUCCUCGCUCCUCCUCCUGCCCCGCCGCGUCGCGAUGGCCGCCGCCUGCCCGCUCCUCCUGCCCCUCGCCGCGCUGCUCCUCGCGGCGGCCGCGACGACGGGCGCGCUCACCGACGACGUGCUCGCGCUGGUGGUUUUCAAGACGGGCGUCUCGGACCCGUCGGGCCGCCUCGCCACGUGGACCGAGGACGACGACCGCCCCUGCUCCUGGCCGGGCGUCGGCUGCGACGCGCGCACGGGCCGCGUCACCUCGCUCGCGCUCCCGGCGGCGUCGCUCUCGGGCCGCCUCCCGCGCGCGCUGCUCCGCCUCGACGCGCUCCUCUCCCUCGCGCUCCCGCGCAACAACCUCUCCGGGCCCGUGCUCCCGAACCUCCUCGCCGCGCUCCCGCGCCUCCGCUCCCUCGACCUCUCCUCCAACCACCUCGCCGCGCCCGUCCCCGCCCAGCUCUUCGCCCAAUGCCGCUCCGUCCGCGCCAUCUCCCUCGCGCACAACCAGCUCUCGGGCUACAUCCCGCCCGCCGUCGCGUCCUGCGCCUCAAUCGUGUCCCUCAACCUCUCAUCCAACCGCCUCGCCGGGCCCAUCCCCGACGGGUUGUGGUCGCUGCCUUCGCUCCGCUCUCUCGACCUCUCCGGCAACGAGCUCUCCGGGAGUGUGCCCGGCGGAUUCCCCCGGAGCAGCUCGCUGCGGGACGUGGAUUUGAGCCGCAACCUCCUCGCCGGGGAGAUACCGGCGGAUGUCGGCGAGGCGGCGCUGCUCAAGUCACUGGAUUUUGGGCAUAAUUUGUUCACGGGCGGUCUGCCGGAUUCACUCCGCAGGCUGACCGGGCUGCGGUUCCUCGGCGCCGGUGGCAAUGCGCUUGCAGGGGAGCUGCCGGCGUGGAUCGGCGAAAUGUGGGCGCUGGAGCGGCUUGACUUGUCGGGCAACCGAUUCGCCGGCGACAUUCCCUACACCAUCGCGAACUGCAAGAACCUUGUGGAGGUCGACCUAAGCCGUAAUGCGCUCACCGGCGAGCUUCCCUGGUGGAUGUUCGGCCUGCCGCUGCAGCGCGUCUCGGUGGCCGGCAACCAGCUCAACGGCUGGGUCAAGGUGCCCGAGGACGCUGCAAUAGCGCUUCGUGUGCUGGACCUGUCGAGCAACGCGUUCUCCGGCGAGAUCCCGCCGCGGAUCACUGCCUUUGCGGGUUUGCAGUCUCUGAACCUGUCCUCGAAUUCCUUGUCGGGGCAGCUGCCGGCCGGCAUUGGCGGGAUGAGGCUGCUCGAGGUGCUCGACUUGAGCGUUAACCGACUUGACGGAACCGUGCCCUCGGAGAUUGGCGGCGCGGUGGCGCUCCGGGACCUCCGGAUGGGGAGGAAUUCGCUCACGGGACGCAUCCCCGCACAGAUUGGGAACUGCAGCUCUAUCGUUUCACUGGAUUUGUCACACAAUAGCCUCACGGGGCCAAUUCCUAGCACCAUGGGCAACCUGAGCAGUCUCCAGGUGGUCAAUCUCUCUCAGAACAAGCUGAACGGGACCCUACCAGUGGAGUUAUCCAAUCUGCCUAGCCUCCAAAUCUUCGACGUCUCCCACAACAUGCUGACAGGGGAUCUGCCCAAUAGCCGCUUCUUUAACAACAUCCCUGACUCCUUCAUCAUGGACAAUUCUGGUCUCUGUAGCUCACGGAAGAAUGAUUCAUGCAGUGCUGUUUUGCCAAAGCCGAUUGUGCUCAACCCCAACUCUUCAUUGAAUCCUUCAUCUCAGGCUGCACCUAGUGCACCUAACAACACGCAUCACAAGAAGAUCAUACUGAGCAUCUCCACCCUCAUUGCCAUUGCGGGUGGGGCUGCAAUUGCUAUCGGAGUGAUCACCAUAUCUGUGCUGAACCGCCGCGUCCGUGCCCGUGCAGCUGCCUCCCGCUCAGCACCUGCUACUGCAUUAUCUGAUGAUUACCUCAGCCAGUCCCCGGAGAAUGAUGCUAGCUCCGGGAAGCUUGUCAUGUUUGGUAAGGGCAGCCCUGAGUUCAGCGCUGGUGGGCAUGCGUUGUUGAAUAAGGAUUGUGAGCUUGGGCGUGGAGGCUUUGGUGCAGUCUACAAGACAGUUCUCAAAGACGGACAGCCGGUAGCCAUCAAGAAGCUUACUGUCUCUAGCUUGGUCAAGUCAAAGGAUGAUUUCGAGCGGCAAGUAAAGAUGCUUAGCAAGGUGCGGCACCACAAUAUUGUCGCGCUCAGAGGCUUCUACUGGACUUCAUCACUGCAGCUCCUCAUCUAUGAUUACCUGCCCGGAGGAAACCUGCACAAACACCUGCAUGAGUGCAAUGAAGAUAACUCACUUUCCUGGAUGGAGAGAUUUGAUAUCAUCCUCGGUGUUGCCAGAGGGCUGACAUACCUGCACCAGCAUGGGGUCAUCCAUUACAAUCUCAAGUCAAGCAAUGUGCUACUGGAUAGCAAUGGGGAGCCAAAGGUGGGUGACUAUGGCCUCGCCAAGCUGCUGCCAAUGCUGGACCGGUACGUGCUGAGCAGUAAGAUCCAGAGCGCACUUGGGUACAUGGCCCCAGAAUUUGCUUGCAAGACGGUGAAGAUCACCGAGAAGUGCGACGUAUAUGGCUUUGGGGUGCUGGUGCUGGAGGUCUUGACGGGCAGGAGGCCCGUCGAGUACUUGGAAGACGACGUGGUUGUGCUAUGUGAUUUGGUCAGGAGCGCGCUGGAGGAAGGCAGACUGGAAGACUGCAUCGAUCCGCGACUGUGCGGCGAGUUCCCCAUGGACGAGGCCCUGCCCAUCAUCAAGCUGGGCCUCGUCUGCACCUCGCAGGUGCCAUCGAACCGGCCUGGUAUGGGCGAGGUGGUGAGCAUACUCGAGCUGGUGAGGAGUCCUCAAGAUAGUGCCGAGGAAGAGCUGGUUUGAGCACUAUCUAGGAUCUCUGUUCUAAUUCGCCUUGAGCCUUUUUCUUUUUUGUUUUCUGAGAUGCAUAUAUGAUUGCCCGUUGGGGAAGAGAGGAGAAGGUGGUGCAGCCAGUGCAGUGCAGAGAGUGGAAUGCUUGUAAUGUGUUCAGAGUUUUAGGGAUGCAAAGGCCGUGUGUUGCUUCUCUGAAAAUUCUUUUGUUCCUUGGUUGGAAUAGUUACUACUUAGCUCGUGUAGGUAUUGACUCGAUGCAAUGCGAGCCAGGGCUGGUGAUAUACCCGGCAUAACCAGGUGACUGAUGUUCAUGGGCGGCUCUGCUGCUGAUAGUGCGACUUUUGUUUGACAGAAAUUGCUCAACAUCUUCA